CACUUAAUGCGAAACCUAGCCCUGAAGCCACGGGACACGCCUUAUUGAAAGAAGAAACAGCGACAAUUCCCCCAGCUUUGACUCCAGCUCUUACAUCAAAUGCUGGAAAACCAGUCUUAGUAAAUGUUCCAGUAACAGGCAUGCCUACGGGUGCCAUCACGAAGACAGGGUCAUUAGAAAGUGGUCCAGGAAGAAUUACUCCACCGCAACAUUUGCCAUUGCAGCCACUCACCACUAUCGUAGAUAAGGGACCAAAUAUAGGUGUUAGCCAGUCCACUAAGACUUCACAAAAUGCGAAACCUAGCCCAGAAGCCACGGGUCACGCCUUAUUGAAAGAAGAAACAGCGGCAAUUCUCCCAGCCUCGACUCCAACUCUUACGUCAAGUGCUGGAAAACCAGCCUUAGUAAAUGUUCCAGUAACAGGCAUGCCUGCGGGUGCCAUCACGAAGACAGGGUCAUUAGAAAGUGGUCCAGGAAAAAUGACUCCACCGCAACAUUUGCCAUUGCAGCCACUCACCACUAUCGUAGAUAAGGGACCAAAUAUAGGUGUUAGCCAGUCCACUAAGACUUCACUUACUGCGAAACCUAGCCUGAGAGCCACGGGACACGCCUUAUUGAAAGGAGCAACAGCGGCAAUUUUCCCUGCUUUGACUCCAGCUCUUACAUCAAAUGCUGGAAAACCAGUCUUAGUAAAUGUUCCAGCAACAGGCAUGCCUGUGGGUGCCAUCACGAAGACAGGGUCGCUAGAAAGUGGUCCAGGAAAAAUGAAUCCACCGCAACAUUUGUCAUUGCCGCCGCUCAUCAGUAUCGUAGAUAAGGGACCAAAUAUAGGCGUUGUUAGCGAGUCCACUAGGACUUCACUUACUGCGAAACCUAGUCUUAGAGCCACAGGACACGCCCUAUUGAAAGGAGAAACAGUGGCAAUUCCCCCAGCUAUAUCCCCCACUUUUAUGCCAAGUGCUGCAAAACCAGACUUAGAAAAUGUUCCAGUAACAGGCAUGCCUUCGGGUACCAUCGCGAAGACAGGGUCCGUGGGAAGUGGUACAGAAAAAAUGACUCCACCGCAGCAUUUGCCAUUGCAGCCGCACAUCAGUAUCGUAGCUAAGGGACGAAAUACAGGCGUUGUUAGCGAGCCUGAUAUGGCUGCACUUACUGCGAAACCUAGCCUUGAAGCCACAGGAAGCGCAGUGUUAAAAGAAGAAACAGGGGCAAGUACUAAUCAACCUAUUCAGCAAGCCACAGGACGUGAAGCUCUAAAUGCAGAAGCUGCCGCUAUUAACCCAGUCUUAUCAUCUGCUGGUACUGCAAGAUUAGCGCAGCCACCGUUAGUAAGUGCGUCAUUAUCUGGUGCGACUACAGACAUCCCGAAGAUUGGCCCGCUAAAAAGCGAAAAGCGACAUAUAUUGAAUCCACUACAUUUGCUAUUGGAGCGGCAAUUGGUCACGUCAGCUAAAGGUCGGAAUGGAGCCGGGUUUAUAGAGCCAAUGAAAACUGGAACUUAUGAGGGUGCUAUCCAUGAAGCCACCGGUAAUGCACCUAUUCAAAGAGAACUUUCAACGAUCCACCCACAUUCAUUACGUACUUAUACAAGUAGAGUGCAAAUGUCUCCAAUAAAUGUACUAUUAACCAAUACUCCAGUCUUGGCAACAAGCUCCCUCGAAAGGGACAUGCGAAAUAGAACAAAGGCAGUGCAUUUGCCAUUGAUGCAGCACUUCGGCAUUGUGGGUAAGGAGCACAGCAAAUCCCGAUUGAUGGAGCUCAAUAUGACUGGAAAUAUUGAGCCUGCAACCGUUCAAGCGAUUGGAAACACAGCAGUAAAACCAGAAGCUGCAGCUAUUCCGUCAAUUUUGUCGCCCAGUGGAACGCCUGUAGCAUCAUUGAAUCAAACACUUUUUGAAUUCCAUAAGAACCACACAGCGGGAAAUACCAAAUCUUUUCGAGAUCGCAUCGCUUCAUUCUGGGCCUCCGUUGUAAAAUUUUUCAAGAAAAUUACGCCUAGUUUCUUUAAAAGCACGGAAUAAAAUCGCUUACUUUUUAUUUUGUUUUCAUUCUCUCACAUUCCGCUAGAUGUCUAAAAAAUUUUGAGACUUCCCAGAAUGUACAUAUUUCAAUAUCAGCCAUUUCACAAUAAAGAUUACUUUCGCUGCUA